UCCUCAUCUUGUAUAGAAGAUGUUCUCGUGAUUUAGCUUUGUUUGUUGUCUCAAAUCGUGCUAAAUCUUUGAUUCCCGAGUGUUUUUCUUUUUCCCUAUUUUCGGAACUAUUUUUGGGGAAUUUUCGUUCAUCAUGUUUGAGCCCGAAUCUCGUGAGAUUGGUUGAAGGGAAAUGUUGCUAGAACCUUGGAGAGCAUCUUUGAUAUGAUCCCCUUUCAAAUCCUUCACGAAUCCGGCUUGAUUUUGAGUUUUUCCCAAAUCGUGUUCUUGAGUUAGGGUUUCGGUUUUCUCCAAAAUUAGUGAUGAAUUCUUGAGCUUUUCAGGAUUAGUUUCAUGGAUCUAUUUGCCCUUGGGGUAUUGCAUCCUUGUCUCAAGUUUCAUCUCGAUUCAUGAAGAUUUGAAAGAGAAUUUCUCGUUUGAAGUCGGAGGUGUUGUUCUCGGUGUUCUUGCUGUUCUUCGUUGUUCCUGUGUCUGUUCGUGCGUCGUCUUUUCUCUUGCGCAGGAGGCAUCGGGCAGCUCACGUGCACGGGACACACACGUGCCAGCAGCGAAGCAGAUCAGAGCAAGGAGGCGUUGCACACACGUGCCAGCAGCGAAGCAGAUCAGAGCAAGGAGGCGGCCCAGCAAGCAGCAAGAGCUGCGGCCCAGGUACGCGUGCAGCAGGCCAGCAAGCAGCGGUCCACGCAGCAGCAGUUGUGGGCCGGCAGCGCAACAGGCCACCAGGCCGCACGUCCACGGGCCGCACGCAAGGCAACUUUGGUCUAGCAGUUCAGGACUUGAUGCGCUAAAAGUUCUAGUUGUGUUGCAUAGAUUGAUCCAACGCAUUACUACUGCUUCAAGACAGUCUGUUCCUGAAAGCAUGUUGGCCAGUGUGUACUAACGUCAGCCUGGUAGCAGUGUAUCAUAAGGCUAUUGGGACAAUUUGCUAGAUAUUGUGAUGGAGUUCAACAAAGAAGAGGCCUUACUUGCCAAAGAAAUUGCUCUAAGGAAGGUGAAAACUAAAGACUUUUUGGGUGCCCAAAGGAUUGCACUUAAAGCUCAAAGGCUUUAUCCAAAGCUUGAAAACUUACCCCAGCUGUUAGCUAUCUGUGAGGUGCAUUGUGCUGCAGAGGUGAAGGUCAAUGGAGACAUGGACUGGUAUGGUAUCCUCCAAGUAGAGGCAACAGUGGAUGGAACAGUCAUAAGAAAGGAAUAUGAGAAACUUGCCUUUUUACUUCACCCUAGUAAAAAUACUCUUCCUGGUGCUCAAGCUGCUUUCAAGUUGGUUUCAGAAGCUCAUACGAUAUUGUGUGAUCAUGUGAAGCGAUCUCGAUAUGACAUCAAAAGACAGUGUGAUCCCCAAGAAAUGUCAAAGGAAACUACAUGGCUAGCAGAUGGGACUCGUGCAAGAAAAAGUGAUGUGGCUGAACACAUGCCACCAUCUGACUUUGUAAUGGUCUUCUGGACCAUAUGUCCACACUGCUGGAAGCGAUUUGUGUAUUAUCAGCGGAACUUUUUGAUCUGCUGUGAUGACUGCAGCAAAAACUUUUUUGCAUUCAAGCUACAUGAGGAGGCUGUUCCCUCAAGAUUCCUUGUUGCUGCUCCAAAUAAUUCUCAAGUUUCAUCUGAAAUGUUUUCACGUCAAAAACAUGGUGUCUGCAAUCCACAGUUCCAGAACAGUAAGCUUCAUAAAACAGGAGGGAAUGUGGAUUCUGAGCCAAUGAUGCAUGCUAGAAAAAGUGAUGAACAUGUAGAAUGGGAUUGCAGGCCAGAUGGUGAUCAGGAGGGUAGCUGCACAGGGACAAGAAGUGAGGUAGUUGAAUCUUCAACAAUAAACCUAAUUCACUCUCCUGCACCUUCUGUAAACAAGUGUACAAGUAGGAUGAUGCCAGAUCCUCCAGAUCCAUACUUUGUUGCCACUCAACACAUGAGUAGAGAAGAUGCAUCUACAACGCUAAAUACUGCAGGGUCUGACAGUCUUGUCAGAUCAGGUAAAAGAAAGCAAGAUGAUGGUGCCGACAACUGCCACAGCAGGGACUCCUGUAACAACAAAAGGAAGAGGGUCGAAAAGUACAAUUCACUCUCUGAUGCUGAUUCCGGUGAUGAUAAAAUAUCUAGCGUCAAUGUUGCUGGUGCUGACAGUCAAUCAGCUAAAAAUCACCUCAGCAAAGUGGACAGCCAAGGGGAUGGAGAUGCAAUGCGUAAAGGCAAUGCUAAUUCAAGUGAUGACAAGAUAUUUGAUGAUAAUGUUGCUGGUGCUGACAGUCAAUCAGCUGAAUAUUGCCCUAGCAAAGUCGACAGCCAAGCUGACGGAAAUGCAACACAUGAAUGCGAUGCUAUUCAAUCAGCUGAAUAUUGCCUUAGCAAAGUCGACAGCCAAGCUAACGGAAAUGCAACACAUGAUAGUGUUGCUGGUGCUGACAAUCUAUCAGCUGGACAUGUCUCCAGCAAAGUUUACAGCCAAGGGGAUGGAGACACAACACAUGAAGGCAGUGCUAACACUAAUGAUGAUGAAAUGUUUAAUGGUAAUGUAGCUAGUUCGAACAAUCAAUCAGCUGAACAUCUGCUCGGCAAUCGCCAAGUGCACGGAAAUGAAACACAUGAUGUCACUGCUAGUUCUGGAGACUCUGAAACGUUUAAUGAUAUUGCUGCUCGUGCUGACAAUCAAACAGCUGAGCAUCUCUACAGCAAAGUGAACAGUCAAGGGGAUGGAAAUGCAACACAUGAAGGAAAUGCUAAAUCUGGUGAUGGUAAAAUGUUUAGUGAUAAUAUUGCUUGUUCUAACAAUCAAUCUUCUGAACAUCACCAUAGAGAAAUGGACAGCCAAGGGAAUGGAAUUGCAACACACAAAUGCAAUGCUGAUUCUGAUACUGUCGGUGAUCAGGGCAAUGUCAAUUCUGAAGCUACUGAUACCAUUGGUGAGAAGAGUUGCUAUUCUGGGUGCCUCUCCUUACCUGAUCAUCCAAAUAUCAUUGAUUUUGAGAAGUUCAGGGAUGUCAAUAUGUUUUCAGUUGGUCAGAUCUGGGCCCUUUAUGAUAACCUUGAUGGUAUGCCAAGAUUCUAUGCUCGAAUAAUGCAGCUUGAUGCUUCAGACUUCAAAGUACAUUUGGCUUGGCUGGAGCAUGAUCCAAUGAAUGAAGAAGAGAACAAAUGGACCGACAAAGAACUACCUGUUGCUUGUGGAAAAUUUUGCUUAAGGAAAACAAGAGAUAUAUCACAAAACAUGUCCAUGUUUUCUCACAUUGUUCCAUGUGCGGACGGUAACAAAAGAAAUUCGUAUGUGAUACACCCUGUUAAGGGUGAGGUAUGGGCUCUUUACAAGGGAUGGAGCAUGGAAUGGAGCUCAGAUGCAGAUAACCAUAGAUCCUAUGAGUAUGAAGUUGUGGAAGUCCUGUCAGAUAUAUCAGCUGAUGGUGGUUUCACUGUUACCCCACUGGUCAGGAUUAAGGGUUUUGUCAGUUUAUUUGCGACAGCUAGGGACAAAUCCUCAUUCACAAUAACAUCAAGUGAGCUACUCCAGUUUUCUCACAGGAUCCCCUUUUAUAGGACAACUGGAAAUGAAAAAGUUGGCAUCCCAGGAGGAUUUCUGGAACUGGACAGUGCAUCUCUCCCCACUGACCUGGAUGCAGCAUUUCCUUCUGUUGCUCUAGACUCUUACAAGUCUACCAACAGUAUGUCCGUUGGUUUGAGAACUGAUAGCAUGAAUGUUGGAAUGGAUCCUGGAACUGAGCAUAUUGUUCUAGAGAAAAAUCACUGUGAAGCACAUUUGCCUAUGGAAAAUCAUAAGUAUACCUCUUUUGAACAAGAUACAUUCUCGCAGGAAAAUGCCCAUGGUGCCAACGAUUUUGGUGAUUCCUAUCAGCAGAAUUGCCUUUCCCCCAAAACUUUCACAUAUCCUGAUUCUGCUUUCCACAAUUUUGAAGAACUCCGCUCACAUGAGAAGUUCGAAUGUGGGCAAAUAUGGGCUUUAUACAGUGAUGUUGAUGAAUUCCCCAAGUUCUAUGGCUGGGUAAGAGAAGUUGAGAUGGAGCCGUUCAAAGUGCAUUUGACCUGGCUUGAGGUUUGUCCUCAACAGGAGCAGGAGGAACAGUGGUUGGAGCAGGGGAUAGCUACAAGCUGUGGUACAUUUCAGGUUCGAGACUGGAAAGCCAUUUAUGACACAAAUGGCGCUUUCUCUCAUGUCGUACAUGCCCGAAAGACUAGCAACAAGUGGCAAUUUGAAAUUCAUCCGCAAGUAGGUGAGAUCUGGGCCAUCUACAUGAACUGGUCGCCUGAUUGGGCUCCUAGUGGCAACCGUGCCGAGUAUGCUAUAGGCAAGAUAAAGAGGCGCACUAGAUCUGGCAUAGUAUUUGACUUUUUGACCAAAGUUGAUGGAUAUGUCGCUGUGUUCAAGCUUGAUAAUCAAAGGGGGGCAUUAAAGGUACGAGCGAAGGAGAACAUGAGAUUUUCUCACCGGAUACCCUCGUUCUGCCUGACAGAAGAAAAUGGCGGUGAGCUCCGUGGCUUCUACGAGCUAGACCCAGCUUCUGUCCCCAACGAUUUUCUAUAGAUGAAUGAUGUUCCUGGAAUCAUUCUUGAUGCAUUACUUGUCUGAAGGCUGUGUAGGCGAAUUUAUCUCACAUUAGAGUUUUCUUGUGUUCUGUUGAACGUCUGAACUUGUAAGCCUGUAAGGUGCAACCAUGUGUGGUUUAUUUAUGUGAGAACCAUGCUAGCAUUAUUCUGGAAUUGUACUGUAUGUCAGAACCAGGCAUUAUUGCAGCCACUUGCUGUUUAAUGUUCCUAUAUGUCUCUGGAAUUUUCUCUGUUC